AUGAGUGACCCGACCAACCCCAACAUCAAGAACCGCACCACCCCCCAAUGGGCAUUAUACCAACGAGAGAACUUCUGGAAGGCCAAUGAGGGUCAAACGCCUCCCUUCAACACUGAUCCCACCAAGCUGGAAGAAGAGGCCAUGCGCAAACUCAGCCAAGGCGGAUGGUACUAUGCCUCCUCCAAUGCAGGCCUUUCGACCACCCACCUCGCCAACCGACAAGCCUUCUAUCGCCACCGCAUCAUCCCCAACCAGCUAGUCGACACCAACCUGCGCGACACCACCACCACCAUCUUCGGCCACCGCGUGUCCGCGCCCAUCGGCUUCGCCCCGAUCGGCAUCAACAAGAUCUACCACCCGACCGCCGAGCUGGCCGUGGCCAAGGUGGCCGGCGAGCUCAACCUGCCCUACUGCCUCUCGACGGCGGGCAGCACGCCCAUUGAGCAAGUCGGCGAGGCCAACGGCGCCGGCCGCCCGCGCUUCUACCAGCUGUACAUGCCGCACGACGACGAGCUGACGCUCUCCCUCCUACGGCGCGCCUGGACCGCGGGCUUUGAUGUGCUGAUGCUCACCACCGACACCUGGCAGCUGGGCUGGCGGCACGACGACGUCGCCAACUCCAACUACGCCUUCUACCGCGGCAUCGGCGCCGACCUGGGGCUGUCGGACCCCGUGUUCCGACGCCGCUGCCGCGAGCAGGGCAUUGACCCGGACGUCGACAAAAUCGCCGCCUCCGCCAAGUGGAUCGACUCCGUCUGGCACGGGCGCGCCUGGUCGUGGGAGAAAAUCCCCUGGCUGAUCGCCCGCUGGAAGGAAAUCUCCGGCGGCCGCCCCGUGGUCAUCAAGGGCAUCCAGUCGGUGAAGGAUGCGCGGAAAUGCGUCGAGCACGGCGUCGAUGGCAUCGUCGUGAGCAACCACGCCGGCCGCCAGGUCGACGGGGCCAUCGCCAGCUUGGAUGCCCUGGAGAAUAUUGUGAAUGCCGUCGGCGACCAAAUCUACGUCAUGUUUGACUCCGGCGUACGGGGCGCGAGUGAUGUCGUCAAGGCCUUGGCGCUGGGCGCCCGCUUUGUCUUCGUCGGUCGGCUAUGGGUAUGGGGCCUCAGUAUCAUGGGCGAGGAGGGCGUGCGCCACGUCAUGAAGUCGCUGUUGGCCGACCUGGAUAUCCUCAUGGCUGUGGCAGGGUUUAAUAGCGUGGACGAGUUUGAUCGCUCCAUUCUAGAGUCGUACCCAAAGUCGUACACAUUGAUACCCGACAGGGUCCUAUAGGUGGCACGGCCGUCUAGCCAAGAGCCCACCCUUCGCCACUAGGUUUGGAGCACAACGCUGCGAGGGAGGGUCUGAAAACAUGAAACGAUAGCUCAAGAUUUAAGGUUUGGUCAUGAAGAACAGCUAUAUUUGUAGGCUAAUAAUCGACUACCAUAUAUGGGUUAUCCUCGGAAAUGCGUGUGUAGCAGCGCUAUCUACCCAUGUAGAUAAGAAUCGAAUUUUUUUUGAACAUGUGCAAGAAAGCCAUAGUCAGCCGGAGGAUCGAUGCAGUUUAUAGCAGAACGGCGCAGAAGACGACCACUAUAGCCGACAGGUA